CGGAAGUCCCUGUAGGCCCUAGGCUCCUCUGGUGUAAGCAACGGAAGGCGAUUCAGUUUCAGUUUUCAGUGAGGCUGCGCAUCUCUUUACAUUCUGGGAUUUCACGGAAUUAAAUUCUUAAGGGAUGAGUGCGUGAACCCGGUACCGUUCUGAGCGUUCACUUCCGGAGGCCGGAAAUUCUUGCUAUGGCUGCGUCUUCCCGGGCACCGCUAGGGAAAGAGUCCAUGAUAGCGGAGAAUGGGCUUUGGAACCAGAAGAAAGGGAACCGCGGUGUGGAUGAGUCAGAACUCCUCACUGUUCCUGAUGGUUGGAAAGAACCCCCAUUUACGAAGGAUGACAAUCCCAGAGGACUGUUAGAAGAAAGCAGUUUUGCAACUUUGUUCCCCAAAUACAGAGAAGCAUAUCUGAAGGAAUGUUGGCCUUUGGUGCAAAAAGCUUUGCAUGAACAUCACAUAAAUGCAACACUGGACCUAAUUGAAGGCAGCAUGACUGUUAGCACAACUAAGAAAACUUUUGAUCCUUAUAUCAUCAUCAGGGCCAGGGACUUAAUAAAGCUUUUAGCAAGAAGUGUCCCAUUUGAACAGGCGAUACGAAUUCUUCAGGAUGACACUGCAUGUGACAUUAUCAAGAUUGGUUCUUUAGUAAGAAACAAAGAGAGAUUUGUAAAAAGAAGACAACGACUUAUUGGGCCUAAAGGAUCUACCCUAAAGGCAUUGGAAUUGUUAACAAACUGUUACAUCAUGGUUCAGGGGAAUACUGUUUCAGCUCUUGGACCAUUUAAUGGUUUAAAAGAAGUUCGGAAAGUUGUCCUGGACACUAUGAAAAAUAUUCAUCCAAUCUAUAACAUCAAAACGUUGAUGAUUAAACGAGAGCUGUCAAAGGACUCUGAGUUAAGAUCACAAAAUUGGGAAAGAUUUUUGCCACAAUUUAAACAUAAAAAUUUGAAUAAACGCAAAGAACCAAAGAAAAAAACUGUUAAGAAAGAGUAUACACCAUUCCCACCUCCACAGCCAGAAAGUCAGAUUGAUAAAGAAUUAGCCAGUGGUGAAUACUUUUUGAAAGAAAGUCAGAAGAAGCAACAAAGAAUGGAACAAAUAAAGGCUAAACAAGCUGAAGCAAUCAGUAAGAGACAAACAGAAAGAAACAAGGCUUUUAUCCCACCUAAAGAAAAACCAGUUAUGAAACCUCAGAAAGCUUCUGCUGAAACAAAAAUUGAUAUAGCUGUUCUCAAAGAAAAAGUGAAGGCGGCAAAGAAAAAGAAACUGGGAGCCCUUACUGCUGAGGAAAUAAAGCUGAAGAUGGAAGCUGAUGAAAAAAAACAGAAGAAAUGAGAAGCAAAAAAGGACUUUAAUUAAAACAUAUUUGUGUAUUUUUGGUUUUUGAAAAGGAUUUUCAGGCCUUGAUCUUGUUUCUUCAUCUGAAAAGUAAGGUUGUGCAAUGGGACACGCUUUUGAUAAUUUAAAUGGAUCUCAUAUCAUAGGACAAGACUUUCUCUAAAUAUUAGCUGUUAUUAUCAUACACAUAUUUGCUAACAAAAUAAAUUAUGAACUAAAAAAGAAGAGUAUGUUUUUAAUUUAUAAAGAUUAAGUUCUAUUCUAGGAAAGUUCAAAUGAAAAUGAAUUUCCAUUCAGUUUUGUAUCGAGUAGAGCAAAAAGCAUCUGAAAUGUGUUAGCCAGUUUUGCCUUUCAACUUGACUUGUAAAAAUUAAUUAAUUUGUUACUUGAUUUUUCCAAAAACAUAUUUUGUACUAUUGCUUAGCUUCAGUGAAAGCAACACUGUAUUAUUCUAUUUUUUUUUACCAAAAAAAUACUAUGAGUUUUGUUUUUUACAUUUUGUUGGCAUAGUUGUUAUUUCUUUACUCUUGUUCAGAUAUAACCAGCAGAAAUAAGGGAAACCCUUUUGGUUUUAAGUAUUUCCCUAGCUUUCUAGCUAAAGUUUGUAACUGAAAAAUUGGAAACUAAAAGAAAAAUUUGUUUUGAAAAGGUAAUGCUUUUCAGCACAGAAAACUGGAGAGCAAAGUUGAAUUAAGGUUGGGACUGUAGAAAUCAUCUACUCUAAUUCUCUCAUUUAAACUUUUUUGAAUUAAUAAGUAUUUUUCUCUUCCUACCACAGGAACCAGGUCAGGGGCAGGGGGAGAGAGUGGCAGUGGGGGUGUGGGCAGAGACUAACCCUUCCAACAGGUAUGCUUAGACAAGUAAAACAAUGACCUUGUCCAAAAUUCUGCAUCUUAAUUUGCACAUUUGUUUCAGGAGUAGCUCUCCUCCUCAUUGGCUGAUCUUGGUUGAUCAUUAUAUUUAUGAGUGUUCUUUUUUAAAAGUCUUUCAAAGGCAUUUGUCUUUACCAUAUUGUUAAUUACAUAUAAAUUGUGUUUCUGGUU